AUGUUGAGAACCACUGGUCUAAUAGUAGCCAAAGAUGGAGUUGCCUCCCCUGUUUUUGUUUUUAACUUUCCAGACGUUUCUCCUGACUCAAAAUUUCUCUUACGAGCAAAAUUUAAAGUAGAAAGCGGGUACAAAAAUAGCAACAGUUAUCACAAGUGUUCGCGACUUCAAACAUCAACAGUAGCAACAUCUUCAUCGGCAGUAGCAAAGACAGACAUCAAACAGGCCAUACCAAUUAACUUGCAACGACAGUCGGUGCUUCAUUACAUAGACACGCCGACGGAGGAGGAAGCAAUCAUUAACACGACUUUUUCUUUUCCCAAUGGUUUUAUAGAAAUUGCAACAUCAUUUAAUUUUUCCUUCUGUGAACUUUGGAUAGACAUCACAAUGUCUGUAAUUGAAUACGUGAAAGAUAUUCGCGAGGUGAUACAUGUCGAUUCGGUAAACAACCUACAUGCGUUGAUUGUGGAGGAGCUUCGCAAAGCUGGUGUGAAAAUACCUUUUGGUAUUGAUCAGGGCUGUAUGAGGGCCCCUCUAUCGCAUGACCGUGAGAUACGUCACUUCAACAAUUACUUAGCCCAUGUUCCUUGCUACUAUUUGGAAUCGUUUGGACACAUACCUUCACUGUUGGAGGGCAACCGAAGAGGUAAUAAUUUGAAGGCACCGUAUCGAACUCUGCUCAGAAACUGGGACGCAUCUUGUUACUUGUAUGAUUCAGGACUGCCAGCUCAAACUGAAGACAUUGAACAAAUAUUAGAUGUUUCCUCAGCCAAUGUUUUCGAUGUCACUGGUCUGAUUAAGCAGUUUUUCCGGGAGCUGAAGGAACCCCUGUUGACCAACGUAUACCACACUGCCUUCCUGAAAUGUCAACAGAUGCGAGACAAUGGUUCUAUCGAGAAAGGUAGACGGGCCGCCUUAAAACUGUGCCUCCUGAUCCCACCGGAACAUUUAGGGACCCUGAAAUUCACAAUGAACCUGUUUCAUAAGGUCGCUGCUCACUCUGCGCAGAAUAAAAUGACGGCUCGAAACCUGGCAUUAAUCAUGGCCCCUAGUAUUAUGCACAACUGCCCCAAGGGGAACAAGAUGAGUGGACAAGAGGAAAAAUGGCUGCCAUUGAAGACGUCGCUACUUGAAAUGCUCAUUAACGAGCAUGAAAACAUUGGGCUUGUGUCUAUUGAGCUGUGUGACCAGGCAAAAGAGAUGGCAAAUUUCUUCAACAAAUUAAGCCCCUACAAAUACGACGACAUUGCUGAGGGCCGCAUCACUCCUUUCACCAAUGAAAAUAACUCAACUACAGCUGUAACAAAGAAGAAACAACAUCAAAGAAGAAGUGGAUCUCUUCAAGAUUUUAUGAGCAAUAUUUGCUAA